GUUUACUCACUCAAUUCUAAUAAUUACCGGGUAAAUGUACCACAAUGCCUUUUAAUUUCCUAUGGAAAAUAAUUGUCUUUGACCAUUUACUUUCUAAUCAACGUUCGCUUUGCAAUUUGGCAAGCAAAUGUGUUCAUGACGAUGAAGGAAUUGAAGCGAUUAUAACGUUAACGAGCUAGCGUUAGCCAUGGUUAUUCCUUAGGCCCCCGUCCUCGUGUGUAACUUUACUCGGUAUGUAACGUUAUUCGAUUUCCAGUGCCAAUGUUUACUUUUUUUUCACGUUAUUUGCCGUUACAACUGGAUGUUAUUUCAAAGCCAAAUUCGGUCUAGUAACUUACUAACAACGUCGUUGGUAGUUACCUACAAAAUGGCCGUCCGAUAAUGCACGUUUCAUUAGCGAACAUUAACCGUUAACUAACUAAAGUAACUAGAUAUAUUUUGGACGUCGGCGUGGCAACAUGUUAUUUUACUGCCGCUGUUUAGGUAACGUAAACGAAUUACCAGAUAAUACGCUAGCUGACGUUGCAAGAUAGGCCAAAUCGGGGCCAGGUCGUGUUUACUGUGCGGAUUGAAAUGGCUAAUGGGACUGCUUUUGUCGUUCGCCUGCUAACGCUUAGCUAGUUUGUUAACUAUCCUUUGUGUGCUGCCUGUUUUUUUUGGCUAGCGCCUCUCUAGCUAACAUCAGCUCAAGGUUAUGGUGGGUACUUGCCUGUUUGGUUAGUCACCAUGGUUGAGCAUUUUACCACUGUUUCCUAGGUAACUUAGCUAACGUUAGUAAAUUGGCCUGCUAAAUUAUAGCGAGUGUAUGACGUUAGGUAACUUUAUUGCACGGGUUAAAACACGGCUGCUGCACUAAUUUAAACUAUUGGUGGAAGAAAAUUGCCUUAUCGUAUGGCUUCAUAGCAAUUUGCGCUUCUGGUGCCAUCCGUAUGUUAAAUUGUUUUUCUCAGUUGUAUUUCCUUCAGUUCUCAAAACAGUGAAUGUUUUCUAAACAGUGUGUGUGUGUAGGCCAGGCGCUUAUUUUUCUCUCUCUAGAUAAAGAUGUCUGACGAAGGAAAGCUUUUUGUUGGAGGAUUGUGUUUUGACACAGAUGAAACUUCACUGGAAGAGGCGUUUUCCAAGUAUGGCAACAUUGCUAAAGUUGAUGUUGUAAGAGACAGAGAGACUCGGAGGUCCAGGGGUUUUGGCUUUGUGACUUUUGAAAACCCUGAAGAUGCCAAAGACGCAAUGGCUGCAAUGAAUGGCAAGUCUGUUGAUGGCAGGAUGAUCCGUGUGGAUGAAGCUGGCAAGUCGGGAGGAAGAUCUGACCGUGGUGGUGGCGGCGGCUUCAGGGGGGGUUCUGGCGGCUUCAGGGGGGGCUCUGGUGGCUUCAGAGGAGGCAGAGGAAGAGGUGGCGGCUAUGGUGGAGGAGACAGAAGCUAUGGUGGUGACAGAAGCUAUGGUGGAGGAGAGAGAAGCUAUGGGGGUGACAGAAGUUACGGUGGUGGGGGAGACAGAAGUUAUGGUGGUAGCUACAGGAGUGGUGGAGGAUACUCCUCUGGGGGUGGCAGCGGAGGUUACAGAGAGGCCAGGAGUGGUGGUGAAAGUGGUUAUGGUGGCCGCUCUGGGGGAUCCUACAGAGACAGCUAUGACAGCUAUGGUAAGUUUGAUGUUGCCAUGAACUCACUGUUGGUAUGGACUAGAAAUGUUUAGUACGGACUGGACAUGAUUGCAUAGACUCCCAGAAUGGCCCUUUAAGACUUUGUUGCUCAGUAUCCGAAAGCCUGUGCCCUCUUGGAUUAGCAUGUUAAAAUACCCAGGCCUGCUCAAAAAUCCAGCUCUGCCACCCACACAGAAGCAAAAAGACAUUUCAAUAUUUUUUUUUCACUGAGUCAGUUUUCUUUUGAAGAGGCAUAAGUUCACAUCCAAUGCCCCUUGCCCUGAUGCUUUACUGUUUCAAUAAGAACUGUGGCACAAAAUAUGAAUAGGUUCUAGUCUACUGUGUGAAAAAUGUCCGAAUGCUGCAGUGCCUUUACACUUGUGGCUUCUUCUUGUCCUCAGCUACACACGAGUAAAA